AUGGAGAAACUCAAAAGUGCAGCGGAAUCACAUACUUAUAGCAACUCAGCAUUCAGCAAGGCCAUCAAUGAUCCCUCUUCAGGGACUGGCCAUCAUCACUCCACAACAAGUGGCAGCACCGAUUUGCUAUCGAAACGAAUGAAAGGACAGGAACAAACUGAAACAUGGGGCCAAUUCAUCGAUCUGAGCAACACGGCAUUACUACCUGUUAUAACAGCAAGCCUGCCAAUGCAAACAUAG